AUGGCGAUGACAGUUGAAGGUGAGCCACUUCUAAUUUUCAGUUUGCAGUUACCUUCUUCAUCCAAUUGUAUUAAAUUAAUUUCUUCAUUUCAGCCAUCUUUUACUAUUCCUGAUUUUGACUUUCCUCCCUUUUUUUUGCAUGUGUGCUAUUGCUCUCGUGGAUCAUUACCUAACUCUACAGUGCUUGCUGGACUUGCCCUUAUGUUUUCAUCAAGUUUCCUUCUACAAGUUCUGGCUUGUGCAAUAUACAGCAACUGGUGGCCAAUGUUAUCAGCACUUAUGUAUGUAUUGGUCCCCAUGCCAUGCAUGUUCUUUGGUGGCGGGUCCACUGAAUAUUUACUCACACGGGAUGGCGGCGGGUGGAUAGAUGCUGCAAAAUUCCUAACAGGGGCAUCAACAGUGGGGAGUUUAGCAAUCCCGAUAAUUCUAAGGCAUGCACAUCUGAUAAGCACUGGAGCAAUGUUGAUUGAAUUCAUGUCUUUUUUUAUAUUUGUGUGUACUGUUAUGUGCUUUCAUCGUGCAAGUCUUGAAGAUGAAUGGUGAUACGCAAAAGUCAACAACUAUCAAGGUCAACAAAUUAAAAAUAUGUAAAUCUAGAAAGAGGUGUGACUUAAUUUUGUUUUGACUUACAUUUGUGUUGAAAUUUGAAAUGACUAGUCUUUUCUUUGGUUGGGGCUUGGAGAAGUAAAAUAAGAUUGUUAUUUCCACA